UAUACUUCAUAUGUUCAGUUUUUCUGUUUAUUCAUUAUUCAGUUGUAUGUUUCUAGCAAUUUAUCCAUUUUUUCUAGGUUAUCCAGUUUGUUGGCGUGUAAUUAUUCCUAGUAGUCUCUUAUGAUCCUUUGUAUUUUUGUGGUAUCAGUUAUAAUGUCUCCUCUUUCGUUUAUGUAAUUUUAUUUAUUAGAAUCCUUUUUCUUUUCUUGGUUAGUCUAGCUAAAGGCUUGUCACUUUUGUUCAAAAAAAGCUAACUUUUUUUUCUGUUGUCUUUCUAGUCGCUGUUUCUGCUCUAAUCUUUAUUACUUCAUUUCUUCUUGUAACUUUAGGCUCAGUUAUUAGUUCCUUGAGCAGCAAAGCUAGGUUUUUUAUUUGAGAUUUUUAUUAAUGUAAGCAUUUAUUGCUAUAAACUUCCCUCUUAGAAUUGCUUUUGCUGCAUCUAGCGUCUGUCUUUUCCUAAGUGCUGUCGUCUUGGAAUCACAUUGCUUCCCUUAGAAAAGGUCACUAAAUGGAAAACCAUCAGUUCAAGUUGGCAAUGAGUUUUGGAGAAGACAGUGGAGCUGGUUUUAGUUGUGUAGGCCCAUAGUUAACUAGCAGUAUGAUAAACUCAAGACAUUUGUUUCAUCUCUAAAAUGGGGAUAAUAUUUAGUUCACAGGAUGAACUAUAUGGAAGUCAAAUUUAUAUGAAAACACUGUAAUUACAGAAGAAUUCUAUGUAGUUUUUAGGCAUAGCAAUUUGAAUGGCCACUAAGGAACUUCCUUAAUUUCUAUUCCAUUGUUUCUACCUUGACCUCACCAUUAUCAAGCACCUCAGGACCCAAAGAAGUGCAGUCCCCUCUACUGCUCUCCACCCCCAUCUGACAGUUCUCUCUUUUCCAGUUUAACCUGCUGUUUGGAUGGAGCAUCUCUGACUACCGAACUUGUCUCAGUUCAGCAGUGACUGUUGUUGGUCUCCUGAUGGGAAUCUCUCAUCACAAGGAGGUUAUUGCUUUAAACCCAGUCCUGGGCUCCUUUCUUAUUCUCCUAACCAGUGUCGUUUUGAUGGUAUUUGUGAUCAUUAACCUUUUUGUUUCUGCCAUUUUAAUGACCUUUGGUAAAGAAAGAAAGUCCUUUAAGACUCAGAAAGAAGCUGCACUGAUGGAUAUGCUGCUACUGAAGCUCUCAAGUUUGUUAGGAAUACAGCAACACCAGAACACAUGCACAGUGGAAAUGGAAGCAGCAGGAACAUACCGAACUUGAGGAUGACUGAAAACUGCAAGGUGAAAAAGAAUAAUGAUACCACUACCAGAAACAGAAACUUGGGAGAUUCUUUGGAGCCACGAAAGAUCUUUUCUUUUUGGAAGUGGGAAAUCCUGAGUUCUAUUUCCACCAUACUGCAUUUGGGGAGAGAACGUGGCAUGUAGGUAGAAUGCCACAAGCAUAAAAACAAUCUGAGGGAGGAACAGAGAUGAGAAAACAGCAAAGGGUUCAGUACUGAGAAACUCUCAAGAGGGUUUCUGACUCACCAAUGAUCUGUGCAGAAGAGACAUUCUUAUCAGCAUUAAUGUCAUCAACCUGAAACACAAAGAUCAUGACCAAAGGAGAAAGCAAUGGCAUCACUGGUGAAAGUAAUGGUAUAAGCCCAUGUGUGUUGCAAAAGCUAAGCUGCUCAGCAAAAGCAACAGAAACUGCUCCAAAGAAACUGCCCCUCCGCCCCCUAUACUCCUUUCCUGAUCUUCUUCCAACCAGACAGAUACCAUGUUGAACUCAUAACUGCCAAGCAGAGGAAAAGAAAAUUCUUACCACACCAUAACAUCUCUCUUUAAUCUGUUACCUUCACCUUCCAGGCAGAGAGAAAGCAUUCUAAACCACCGCAUUCAUCUCCAAGAACCAAGUCCUCAAAUACUAACGAAGAUCUUCUACCUCGUUCCUAGAAACAGCUGUGGGCAAUGCUUCAAUGCGUGCAAAACCAAAACAUAAAAAUUCAGGCCCAAUGUAAAAACCAAAGGAAAGAACACUAAGCAAGCUCAGGAAUAGGGCGAUCUCCCUAGAUGAGCAAACAAGGCUGGCAGAAAAGUCAUCUAAUUCUCAACCAAAACUGUUACAACCACCUACAGUUCAAGGCAUCAUUACCAUAUUAGCAAUAACAGCAAGCUCUAACCAUAAAACUAAAAUAUAAAAUUAAUGCUAUAGGCUGAAAUUUACUAGACACGUAUCUGUUUAAGACAAAAAUCUGGUUCUUAUUCCUUUACACAGUGUUGAGAAUUUAUAAAACUGGUAUUUCAAUUAUUAUAUUCUAGUACCAAGACUGUACCAGCUCAAUAUGAUUCUCUGCCUAGUCUAAAAAAAAGUCUGAUCAAGUGCCCUACCCCAACUUUCCAGGAUCUGCAGCUCCUUCCUGAUUCCUGGCUUAACUGCAGACAAAGCAUUGCCACCAACGAUGCUGCCGCUGCCACCACCACCACCACCACCACUCCCCAUUUCCAGGGUAAUAUUAAAGCAACACAAGAAUCCAAAGCAUAGAGCAAUGCCAGUACUAGUUGAUCAAAACUUUGCCUUCCCUGUGGCCAUUAUUUUGCUCUCUCUUCAUGGAUUCACUCUCCUGCUGCUUAUAAAAGAGGCUCAGGCACUUACAGAUUCAUAUGAUGGGGGAGUUGCUGGUAUCUGAGGUGGAUGAAUAUUGGGAAAGGUCUGAUAAGUUCCCAUUGGCAAUCCAUUGAAAUCCGACUGCAAGAGGAGAAAGGCAACAUCAGAGACAUUGCCCCGAUCUGCAAUUUCUGAAGUGUGUAAAUAGGAAAGGAGAAAUAAAUAUGUGUGUGUAUACAACUAUUUUCUCAAUGUGUAUAUAUUCACAUUGAAUACAUAUAUAUAUAUUCAAGAUAUAUAUUUAAUACAUGUAUUCAAGAGCCCCAAAAGAAAAAGUGCCUAAAAGGACCACAUGUGAUUAGGAAGAAUCCAGAUUUUUAAAGAUCUGUACCCAAAGGCUAUUCUUCAAAUUACUAAAUUGCCUCAAUGUCUACAAGGGAAGCUUCUUAUCAGACUUUCUUUUUUGGGGGAGAGGAGACGACCGCACUGCACAACAUGUGGGAUCUUAGUCCCCUGACCAGGGAUCGAACUCACGCCCCAUGCAGUGGAAGCAUGGAGUCUUAACCACUGGACUGCCAGGGAAGUCCCCAGACUUUCUUACUACCAAUGACUUUCAUCUUCUUAUCUACAAAGGAGGUAGACCUGGUAAUAAGUAUUGGUUAUUCAUUUUUGGAAAAUGCUACUAGUAUACCUACAAGUCCCAAAGGUUCAAGAAACCUACAUGAAAAGGAGUUUUUCUAGUACCAUCUCUCUAGAUUUUCCCACUGCAUUACCUACAGAUGAACCGAAAGACUUUCUCCAAAUCCCAAUGCUGUUUUUUCCACAGUAUGAUCAAUAAACUAAUACCAAAUAUUCUUACUGCUAAAUCCUCUUGAUAACCUACAAUUCCUGAGUGUAUUCACAGAGCCAACUUGUCAUCUUCUGUAACAGUUUCUAGACUUUAUAUCCAUAUUUAUUUGUAUGUGUACUUACUGGUCCCUUUGGAAGAGGGUAUGAGAAAGGAGUGUUUGGAGAUGGCAUAGGCAUGGGCAUGGGCAUUGGCACUGUUCCAUCAAGUCCACCAGCUGGUGCUGUGAAUCCACCCCCACCUCCUCUUCCAGGGCCCCCUUUCUUCACAUCAUCUGUGAA